AUGGCCAAUAAAAGACAAAAGAUAACGAGUUGCGAGUCUGAUCAUGAACUGCAAGCGAGCAACGAAGGCACAAGUACUUUGAGUGCGAGCCGCAGAACUUCACCUAGACUUAAAAUGGCAAAAAGCCCAAACCAAAAUGAGGGCGAUAGUGAUGACGAGGAUAGUAACGACGAGGAUAGUGAUUACAAGCAUAGUAACGACGAGGAUAGUGAUGGCGGGGGUAAAGACAAGAUGAGACAGAAAAAGUAUGAUGUAAUUGCCAUAUCUAAAAACGAGAAGAAAUCGUCUAAUGGUCGAAGAAGGAUAGAUCCAGCCAGUGUUUUUGUGCGUCGCGAUGAGCCGAAUUUUGACAUUCUGUCGCUAGUUCCUCCAAACGUAAUACCAUGCUUAUACUUAAAUACGUUGGCAUUUCGUGAGGGAACAAUUGAUCCGAAAAGGGGCAAACUCAAGAGGGGGAAGAUGUAUCCAAUUACACGAUAA